AUGUCUCCGGCUUAUCGCAUCCCGUCUGGCAAUGUGUCACUCUGGCUAGGGCUCCUUGUCAUGCUUCUAGCGUGUGUGGAAGCAUACGAGAAAAUAUCGGAUAAGACGCUGACCGAGCUCCUACGCCCCAACAACGACUUCGACAUUCACAAUGGCGCUCUGCUGUCACCUAUACUAAGGACCCGCGUCCCUGGCACCCCCGGCUCCACCGCGGUGCUCAAUCACUUCGCCGACUUUUUUCGAACCACAUUGCCCAAAUGGACUAUUGAGAUCCAGAACUCUACAGCUAAAACACCACUAUCAAAGGGGAAGGAGGUACCUUUCCGAAACUUCAUCGCUACUCGCGAUCCUCCUUGGGCCUCGGUUGGUGACGUUGGCCGGCUCACUCUUGUCGCCCAUUAUGACAGCAAAAUAGAACCGGAAGGCUUCAUUGGGGGGAUCGACAGUGCUGCACCAUGUGCGAUGAUUAUGCAUGCCAUUCGCAGCAUUGAAGCCGCGCUGGAGAAGAAAUGGUCCGCGUUGAAGGAGCAGGGACUAUAUAACUACCUCGAAGAGGAGCGGGGCCUCCAGGUUAUAUUCUUAGAUGGCGAAGAAGCCUUUCAAGAAUGGACUGCUACCGAUUCUCUCUACGGAGCUCGUGCCUUGGCUACACAUUGGGAUGACCAAGUCUAUCCCGCGAUGUCGGAAUUCAGGGGUCCUCUGUCGUCUAUAUCUCUUUUUGUCCUUUUGGAUCUGCUGGGCUCGAAAUCCCCGACAAUUCAAUCUUGGUAUGAGACCACUCACUGGGCCUAUCAAAGCUUGGGCGACCUUGAAAAGCGGUUCAAGACAUUGAAGCAGUUCAAGUCUGUCUCGGCUGAUCCGUGGUUCGUCGAUACCGAGAAGGAUGGGCACACGCUCUCACUUAUGGGUGGCAUCCAGGAUGAUCACAUUCCUUUCCUCGCAAAGGGAGUUGAGAUCCUCCAUCUUAUCGACUAUGCCCCCUUCAAGGGAUUCCCUCCUGUUUGGCAUACAAUCGACGAUGACGGUGAGCAUUUAGAUUUGGAUACCGUCGAGGACUGGAGCAUGCUAGUUACUGGCUUCGUUGCUGAGUGGAUGGAGUUGGAAGGGUACUUUGGCCAUCCAUCGGCCCCUAGUCCGCGCAGUGACGACGAAUCGGCCAAGUUGGAAGCGCUUCGCAUGGACAGAAAGACUGAGUUGUAA